AUGCUUGUUGAGGCUACAUAUGAAUCAUUGAUGAAAGCAAUAGAAUAUUGUAAACCAGGAGGCAUGUACAGAGAGUGCGGUAAUAUAAUCAGUAAUUAUGCUGAACCAUAGGGAUAUUCUGUUGUAAGAACAAUUUGUGGUCAUGGUGUUGGGGCAACUUUUCACUAAGCUCCAACUAUACCUCAUUAUGCUAAGAAUAAAGCUGUAGGAUUCAUGAAGAAAGGUCAUGUUUUUACAAUUGAACCUAUGAUAAACUAAGGUGUUUGGAAAGAUUAAACAUGGAAUGAUAAAUGGACUGUCACAACAGUUGAUGGCUAGAGAUCUGCUUAAUUCGAGCAUACAAUGGUGAUUACAGAUGAUGGAGUCGAAGUGCUUACUGCAAGAAAAGAAAAUUCUCCACCCUUGGAAUUUCUAAUUAAAAAGGAAUGA